AUGCCCUUCACAUCACACCAAAUUUCCACUCAUUCCAACUCAAAAAAGUUACAUAAAAAUCUCCAAAACUCAAACUUUCCUUCCCUAUCUUCCUCUGUUGCCCCUCGUUUUCAGGACGCCACCCCAAUUCUUCUUCAUCUUUACCCUAAAUUUGGCUUUCUUCAUUCUUUUCAACACUCUUUGAAUCUCAACGAACCAUUUCACCAUUCUUUUUAUUCUUUUUUCUAUUUCUUUCUUCUUUCUCUCUACCAUGAGAAAAAAACUCAACAUUUCGCUUUAACGUUCAAUAAAACAAAGGGUGUGGAUCUUUUUUUUUCUCUAUUCUUCAAUUUUCAAUCUCAUUUCAUCUCGAAUUGA